GCUUUUUUCGGCUUCCGAGCAGCGUGAGCGAGUGCGAGAGCGAGAGCGACAAUAAAAAGCAAAUCAAAAAGCAAACGCAUGAAGCUGGGGAAAAAUCGAACAACGAUAUUACUACUGCACUUUCCUUUGCGAUUUGUUCCAUUCCAAGGAUCAAAGACUUAUAGCAAUGAGGGCAAGGUUCAGAUCGUCUAUACCCUGAGAUUUCCCCCCAAGAAAUUAUUCGCAGUACGAUGGUGAAGAGGAACUGCGCGGAUGGCUAUCGUUUUUCUCCGUUGAAAUCGAGAAGAUUUGUUGCUAAUAAUUGUUCGAUCGUGACUUGUGAAUGGAGUCGUCAAAGAAGCCGAUUGUGAAUAAAAAAGAGGAGAAGCGGGGAGCACAGGAAGAUCGCGCGAAGGUUAUAGAAUGGGAGGAUUACGAGCAGGAACUCGCGCGUUUGUGCAGUUUGACUUCCGCACUUGAAGAAGCGAAGAAGAAGAAAUUGUUGCUUGAGGAGAAGCUUCAAUCCUUGAUUCAAAUUGAAGCUGAGUCAUUAAAGCGCUCAAAUGAGCUUGAGCAGAUGCGUGAAAAAUUGGAAUCUCGUAAGUUGGUGAUGGGAAACAUGUCAAUGCAUUCAAAGGUUGUGAAGGAGAAAGUAAGAAAGCAGGAGGAACAACUUAGUACUGAAAUUAGAUCUCUAUUGGCUGGUGGAAAUUCUCUUUCUGAGGCCAACAAGCGUAUGCAGGACUCAAGUAGGUCACUUGCCGGAGAAAAAGGUUACGGUCAUCUGAAAAACUUGCAGAAAUCAUUGAGAGUGAGGCAACAGUAUAUGGUAUCACAGGUUUCCUUGCUAUAUCCAGUAAAGGUUGUGAUCAAGAAAGCUCCUGAACAAGAACUUGAAUCAUUUAGUAGCAGUAUUAAAUCAGGUGUUCCUGAUGGAUCAAAACCUGUCGACCAGGGGACAUUGACAAUCUCAGGUCUGCACCUUACCGUGAUCCCUUUUACGAAGAUGAGUUUUUUCACUGACAAAAAGGAGGUUCAGCGAUCUUCAACUGCCCUGGGAUAUGUAGCUCACGCUGUCUCUCUUAUUGCUUCUUAUUUGCAAGUUCCUUUGCGCUAUCCGUUACGCUUGGGAGGUUCUCGAUCAUAUAUACGUGACUAUAGCCCUUCAAUUGAACAUUCAGCAUCCAGUACAACUUUGGAUUCAACAACUUCGGCAAGUACAAAGCCUGUAGAAUUCCCCCUCUUUGUUGAAGGUCAAGACUCAACUAGAGCAGCUUAUGCUGUUUUCUUGCUAAACAAGGAUUUAGAGCAGCUCUUGAAUUUUAUUGGUGUCAAGAGCUUAGGACCACGCCAAGUAUUAGCGAACUUAAAGGAGCUUACAAGGACAAUUCUUUCUCCAGAGUAUAUAGAUAUGUGAUCUGAACUGCCUGAAUCAAUUGUAAGUUUCUGUAAAUUGAUCAUUUGUAUUCUUAAAGGGGUGCCCAUUUUUUUUUAGCAGAGCACCUUACCAUCUUGCCCAUUUUCCAGAUCGAUGCCGAUUAUAAUUGAUAUAUACCUAUCUGGUUUGCAUCUUUUGCUUGGAGUUUUCACACUAUUACAA